ACCUUCGGCACAUGCGGCCUCCUCAUCCACCUCGUGUUCCUGAGUCUUGAUGGCUUUCGGCACCGUGCUUUGGAGGGCGCACCACAGGGCUGUUCGGAGCCUCUUGGUUGUAGCAGCCAGUUCCUUCAGUGCCAUGACCAUCAACGGGUUAUCUAUAAAACAAGCCAGGUGGAACCAUGAGCAUCUUUAAAAAAAAAGAGACCCUGCAGGGCUCUCUAAACAGACAUGAACGGAGACAGGAGCAAACAGCGUUAUGUGUCAACCUUCAAGCUGCAGCUCCAGCCAUCACGUCCCCCAUGUGCAACAAAAAAUGGGACAAGAACAACAGACAUCAGGACUUCUGGAAAAUGUUCGAAACCAGAUUCACCAAAAAAUCUGGACCCACCUGUAUUUAUAAAGCCACUUGAAGACUGCUGUGCAGAUGAAGGAACUGACUUAGUGCUAAGAGGAGUUCUCACAGGAAGUCAGCCCAUCAAAGUUAUAUGGCUGCACAACGGUGAAAGGGUACAUUUUGGAAACUCCUCCUUGAAUGGCCAUGAUGUAAGUUUUGUGGUGAGGGAGUGCUUGCCAGAAGAUGCUGGUGCUUACACAUGCUUGGCUGAAAAUGAUGCAGGGAGAACAUCCUGCAGUGCAGCUGUGUUUGUUAGAGACUUCGAAAGUAUGUAUGGUGUCACAAAGAUUCCCACUUCUGCAUCCAAAAGCACUGCAGAAAAUGGACAGUCUUCACAAACCUCCAAAGCUGAGUUGCACAAGUGUAAUGGAUCUAUCUGUACAUCUCCUGCAAAGUUUGUUCAACAGAGCCCAGUCUCUUCACCGAAAGAAGUCAUCCCAAAGAAGAGAACCAACUCGACAGGCCCAGUACUGAGCUUUCAAAAUCCACCCCAGCAUUUUGAGGUGAAGGUGGGACAAACUGCCAAUCUGACGUGUUCUUUUACCGGAAGCCCCCCUGUGGUAUCCUGCUGGAUCAGGAACAAAGAACAGAUAGUUGACGGUCCAGAAUUGUGGACAGAACAUACAGAACAGAGCAGUACACUGGUCAUAGCAGAGGCUACACCGCAGCACACAGGACGCUACACUGUGGUAGUGAAAGACCGCAAAAGCUCAGCCCAACACACACUUACCCUUUCUGUCAUAGACAGGCCAGAGCCUCCUGCUUCGGGCCCGGUGGCUUCUCUCAUAUCUCCAUCCAACCUUGUGCUGUACUGGUCGGGACCCUGUUACGACGGCGGCAGUGCUGUCCUGGGCUAUGUGCUGGAACUGAGAAACCAGGGACUUUCUGGGGAGUGGAAAAAACUCACUGCCAAGUGUGCCAGCACCUCAUACCAAGUGUCAUCCAGGCUGGAACCAGGACAGGAGUACUGUUUCAGAGUGAGGGCUUAUAACGCAGUGGGGGAGAGUGAUCCCAGCCCAGUUUCAGCAGUGGUGAAGAUGGAGGAACCAGAUUCUAAGAAAACACAAGAAGAAGCCACUCAAUACUCCUGUGUCACUAUUGAUUCUUCCCACAAAGUUACAGAUCACUACAACUUGCAUGAGAAAUUGGGAACGGGAAAAUUUGGCUUGGUGUUCAAGCUCAGCCACAAAGAGACGGGCCAUGUGUGUGCGGGAAAGUUCUACAAAGGACGGCGAGCCAAAGAGAGAGAAGCUGCUCGUAAAGAAAUCGAGCUGAUGAAUCAUCUCCACCACCCCAAGCUGGUUCAGUGUCUGGGAGCUUAUGAUCAUAAACCAGAGAUGGUCAUGGUAAUGGAGUUUAUUGCAGGUGGGGAGCUCUUUGAUCGCAUUGUGGAUGACAGCUUUGAGUACACAGAGCCUGGCAGCGUGCGCUACAUACGGCAGAUUCUGGAGGGGAUCGCCUUCAUGCAUCAGCAGAAAAUUGUUCACCUGGAUCUGAAACCUGAAAAUAUCGUCUGUGUUGACACCACUGGCACUUCCAUAAAGAUAAUUGACUUUGGAUUAGCUAGCAAACUUGAUGGGAACACAGCUCUGAAGGUGAUGCACGGCACUGCUGAGUUUAUAGCACCGGAAGUUAUCAACUAUGAACCUGUGUGUUUGGCCACUGACAUGUGGAGCAUCGGUGUCAUCUGCUACAUCCUGCUCAGCGGUGAGUCUCCGUUCCAGGGAAACAGCGAUGCGGAGACUCUGGCCUUGGUCACAGCAGCUCAGUGGGAGUUUGAUGAAGAGAGCUUCGAAGAUAUAACUGAGGAGGCCCAGAAUUUCAUCAGCUCUCUCCUAAAUAAGGAUCCCAGGCGGAGGAUGUCUUGUGAAGAGGGUCUUGCUCACCCCUGGAUGAAGAAGUUUGAUUCUGAAAUCCUAUCUUCCACAAAAUGUCUGUCGAAGGAGAAGAUGAAGAGGUUCUUAGCCAGGCAGAAGUGGAAGAAAGCCGGGAAGGCUAUGCUAGCCCUAAAGAGAAUGGCUUUGCUGUCUAAAAAUGAAAGCUCUGCAACUCUCUCAAGCGCUGGUAAGGACCUUCCGCUGAGUCCUGAAGCAGAAGAUGCGCUGCACUCUCUGGAGCGUAAGAUGCAGGGCCCACCACAAUUUACCAAGAAACUGGAGGACCAGAAAGUAGCUCGGGGCUCCUGUGCCCGGCUCUCGUGCCACCUAAGUGGAUAUCCUGAUCCAGAGGUGGUGUGGCUGUGUGGAGAUGAACCUGUAGAAGAAUCAUCCACAGUGCAAAUAGAGUAUGAUGAUGAUGGAUGCUGCACCCUGAUUCUUUCAAAAGUUGAAGCAGAGGAUGCAAAUGUUUACACCUGCAGGGCAACCAAUGACCACGGGGAGAUGUUGUGCACCGCUAAACUAACAGUUCUAUAAUAGAGUAAAUAUAUGUAUGCAAAGAGGAAUUGUACAGACAUGAGGAUCUUUGGUGUCUUGAAUAUAUACAGUCAUGUUUUGAUGUGGAGAAGCCAAAUGAGAAAAGUUCUGUAAGACUGUUGCAUCUGAAAGAGUAUAACCCACAUUAUUGUACACAGUUUAGAUGUGAUUCCUGAAUAUAGUUACAAGCAUGCUAUGGAAGAGUUGAUAUUUCCUUAAUAUUUCCUUCAAUAUGCCGAUUUAAAUGUGGUUUCUGCUAAUAAUGUGAACUAUAGAGCAAUAUUGUCACAUUAGUUUUUAGAGAUAAAGUGGACUCAAACUAAAGUGUUGGAGUAAUGUUAAGAGGAUGCCAUUAAAUUUCUGAUUGACUUUAAGGUUUUGAUAGAAUAUUUGAAAAAAAGAAAUCAUGUCUAAAUAUAUUACUAGAAGAAGUAUAAUCAACCAUUAUUUUGCAUUUCAAGUAGGUGUAAUUUAUGUUUUUGCAUCUUAUGUGUCACAUUUGCUGCUGCUUUUACCAUGAUAUAGUUGUCGAGAAGUUGUUAAAAUUGACUAGUGGCAUACCAAACAAUGUAGAGAUUCAUGAAGAUUUAUACAGAAAUAUUUUUGUAAUGAAUAAAGGGCAAUGAAACAUC